AUGAUGAAAUUUCCUAAGCAGGAUUUUAUUUUUUUAGUUAGUGGAAUUAUAAUUCAUGUAGUUGAUAUUGGAGUGGAUUUCUGGGUAGCUAGUAAAUAUUUCUGUGAGGGGCAAUACUGGUGGGGUGUAUUGAUACUGUGUUAUAGAGGUCUUUCAUCAGUAGUAAUUCAGCUAUUUAGUUAUGAAUGGUUUAAAAAUGACUGUGAAAAUCCCAAUCCUGAGAAGCUGAAAUGGGUCUUCCUAGUUCGUUUCUUUCACUGUGGAAUUUUUAUAAGGUAUUGGUUUGCUUUGAAAUAUGGCUACCAGGCUGCAUUUAAACAAAACAGUAACGGAGAUGUACCAGAAACAGAGCAUCCCAAUUUCAUUCAUAAAAAAGCCGUUGAUAUAAUGACUGAUAUUAGCAUGCUCAAGGUAUUCAAGACUUUUCUUGAGAGCACACCUCAGCUGUUUGUCCAGAUUUACAUCCUCAGGGAACAUGACACAAACAAUUUCUGUCAAUAUGCUGCUGUUAUCCUGUCUUUUUGUGGCAUCUCCUAUUUGACGGUUGAUUAUCAGAUAUCAUUACGAAAAUCUCUGCCUGAUAAAGAUGAAUUUCAUGUGCUAUCCAAGCUGGUAUAUCUCUUCUACAAACUGCUUACAAUCACUUCUUGGAUACUCAGUAUUUCACUGAUCACUCUUCUGAGUGCCAGAAGUUCUGUAUUUCUGCUGAUACUUCUUUGGAGCUGUGGCUUUUGCUGGACUUUGAAACAACACACAACAUUUUGCAAAUCUAAGGUGAUGGAAUAUCUGUACAGAACUGUUAUUGGAAUCAUUCUAAUUUUUACCUUCUUUAACAUAAAGGGAACAAAAACAAAAGUUUGCAUUUCUAUCUAUUACACUACUCAUACCCUUUUAACGUUAGGCGUUUUACUUAGGUAUUUGUUUUGGAAACCUCCCUUUACCAAGGAAAUACAUUUUACAAUUGUGGGCAUCUUAACUAUUGUCAGUCUGGUGUUAGGCAUUAUUUUUCUACUUGUUUACUAUAGGCAUUUUCAUCCCACUGUGUAUUGCAGACAACAGAUGUGUUCAGAUGAAGCUGAUGGAGAGUCAGGAGAGAAAGACAGAGUGGAAGUUGGUAGAUUUCAAAAUUUCAUAAUGCAAUGA